AUGGCAACAUUUCCAAGGCAACAACGUCAUUGUUUUGGAAAUGAAAGCCCUGGGGAAUUCCCGUUGUCUGCCAAUCCUUCCAUUGUCCUUCAUGUUCUUACGGGAUGUAAUUUGGAUCCACAAGAUCUUGCAAAACUAGAGGUAACAUGUUCGUUCUUCAGGCAGCCUGCGCACUUUGCCCCCAAUUAUAUGCUCUCGUUAUCAGAACUUGCGGCUCUUGAUAUGUGUCAGAAGAGAGCUGUAUUUAAGCCAAUGACAGAUGAACAACGGCUAGAAUUGAUGCAAAGAUGUGGGGGUUCCUGGAAGCUAGUCUUAAGGUUCUUGUUGGCUGGAGAAGCAUGUUCCAGGAUUGAGAAGUCGCAGGCAAUAGCUGGGCCGGGACACAGUAUUGUUGUGACUUCAAAAGGAGCCAUAUACUCAUUUGGGUCGAACAGCUCAGGACAGCUUGGGCAUGGAACAACAGACGAAGAAUCACGACCUCGCCUCAUUAGAUCUCUGCAAGGAAUUCGAAUUAUUCAAGCAACUGCUGGGAAUAAUCGGACAAUGCUGAUAAGUGAUACCGGACAGGUUUAUUCCUUUGGAAAAGACUCCUUUGGUGAAGCUGAGUAUGGAGCUCAGGGAAAUAAAGUAAUAACUACACCUCAACUAGUUGAAUCUUUGAAAGACAUCUUCGUCGUGCAAGCUGCUAUUGGAAAUUUCUUCACUGCAAUAUUAUCCAGAGAAGGCGUGGUUUACACUUUUUCUUGGGGAAAUGACAGUAAACUUGGCCAUCAAACGGAGCCAAGUGAUCUCGAGCCCCGUCCAUUGUUAGGCGCGCUUGAAAACACACCAGUGGUUCAAAUUGCUGCUGGAUACUGCUACCUUCUUGCUUUGGCUUGUCAACCCAGUGGCAUGUCAGUAUAUUCCGUUGGUUGUGGAUUAGGUGGAAAGCUCGGGCACGGUACAAGAAGUGAUGAGAAGCAGCCGAGAUUAAUAGAACAGUUUCAAAAUUUGAAUCUUCAACCCGUAGAGGUUGCUGCUGGUGCGUGGCAUGCUGCAGUAGUCGGAAGAGAUGGACGCGUUUGUACAUGGGGUUGGGGACGUUAUGGGUGCUUGGGCCAUGGGAAUGAAGAUUGUGAAUCAAUUCCUAAGGUGGUCGAAGCACUGAACAAUAUUAAAGCUGUGCACGUCGCUACAGGGGAUUAUACGACCUUUGUUGUUUCAGAUGAUGGUGAUGUUUACUCAUUCGGGUGUGGAGAAUCGUCUAGUCUUGGACAUAAUAUUGCAGCUGCUGAUGGACAGGAAAAUCGGCAAGCGAAUGUCUUAAGCCCCAAGCUUGUAACAUCACUAAAGCAGGUAAAGGAAAGGGUUGUGCAGAUAAGCCUCACAAAUUCCAUAUACUGGAAUGCACAUACUUUUGCACUCACAGAAUCUGGUAAGCUAUAUGCAUUUGGUGCCGGUGACCAAGGACAGCUAGGUGUCGAGCUUGUUGACAACCAAACUGAGAGGGCAAACCCUGAAUUGGUCGAGAUUGAUCUCAGUUAA